CAGAACUCUCCGAAGCGGGGCAGUUUAUGUACCGAUGCAUUGAAUGUACCAGUCUCGCCAGUGUGUACCUACUACCUAGAAAUCUCUUCGGAGAACGGACAUUUCUUUCGAUCUUGUAAGUAUGUUAAACUUCGAAGUUCGGGAUCUCAACUCGUCUGCCUCGGAAGUUGGUACAGUAUUCGGACUCCAAGGGGUGAGAAGCGAACUCACUGAUGAAGGGGUAAACAUUACCUAUUUCUCAACAAAGUCAAUUGCCCAGCUCGAGCCCAGGUAAUACUUGUCGGAAGCCACAGAGCAUGGAUCUAUACAUACAUGCGAUAGGACAUAAUUCUGAAUCAGCCGAGUCACCCUUAACUCCUACGUCGCAAGUAGAAGCGGAUGUUUUUCCUCAAGUAGCUAUUCUAUGGUAAUGUGUGGAACAUUUUCUCCCUUCGUUGUCAAGGUGGCGGCUUAGGCGGGGUGUUUUUCUGGAUGAUGAUAUAGGUCCGACAACCUCGGCAUAGAAAACGAUGGGCAAAAACAGAAUCUCGUAUCCACAUUCUUCAACAAAAGCUUACCAAUUCACCCAAACCUCAAGUCAUGUCUCGUUCACGCAAUCAAAAAACGGAGAUUUCGUUUCAAUGGAGAGAAGAUGUUCUCGAAGGGCGACGAAUGAGAACAUGUAUCUGAUACAGUGACCCUGAAAGGUAGGUCGUCUUUAGAAUGUUCUACAAAACUUGCAUGGUUUGAGCUUGGAUGAAGACGUUUACUAGCAGGAACGUCAUACCACAGGAAAAUUCAUUCACAAAGACUAUUCAUAUAUAUCUAUCUCUCUGUCCCCCCUUCAUUCCCUUUCGCUAUAUUCAAUUGCUUUUUCUUUGACAAUCUCACCCUACAACAAUAUAUCUCUAUCUACAUAAAUUAAAACCGCAAAAAUGGUUCAAAACAAAGGUCUUAUCUUCAAGCAAGUUCCUCAGGGAGUUCCUGUUGCAGGAAAGGAUUUGGUAGUUGAGACUCGUGAAUUCGAUCUUGACCAAGCACCACCCGCUGGAGGAAUCACAACCAAGAACUUCUAUGCCUCCUUCGAUCCUUACCAACGUGGACGCAUGAGAGCUGCAGAGACCAAGUCCUACUCCCCAGCUUUCCCAUUGGGACAACCUAUCAACAACAACACCGUUGCCAAAGUUAUCAAGUCAGACAACCCAAAAUUCCAACCAGGAGAUCUCCUCACCGGUUUCAUCUGGACUGAAGAGUACUCUGCUCUUCCAAAACAACUCGCAGAUGGCGCAAGCAAAAUUGAGAACCCACACAACUUGGACGUAAAGCAUUUCCUUGGAGCAUUAGGCAUGCCCGGAUUGACCGCAUACUCCUCAUUCUACGAAAUCGGCAAGCCUGUCAAGGGCGAGACCAUCUUCAUCUCUUCCGCUUCUGGAGCCGUUGGAGCCCUCGUUGGACAACUCGCCAAGCACGAAGGCCUCAAGGUUAUCGGAUCCGUUGGUUCUGACGACAAAUUAGACUACAUCAUCAACGAAUUGAAGUUCGAUGGCGGUUUCAACUACAAGACUGAGAAGCCAGCAGAUGCUCUCAAGCGUCUUGCACCAAACGGCAUCGAUAUCUACUACGAGAAUGUCGGAGGAGAACAAUUAGAAGCUGCUAUCAACGCCAUGAACGAUCACGGUAGAAUCGUUGCGUGCGGUAUGAUUAGCGAGUACAGCAAACCAGAAGCCGACAGAUACCCCAUCAAGAAUUUGAUGAACGUUGUUGCAAAGAGAAUCACAAUGAGAGGUUUCAUCGUUUCUGAUGCUAACAUGGGUCCAUUACAUGUCAAGGCAAGAGAUGAGAAUGUUGCCAAGUGGUUGGCGGAUGGAAGCUUCAAGGCUUCUUUGAGCGUUACUGACGGAAUCGAUAAUGGACCAGAGGGAUUCGUUGGUAUGCUUGCAGGAAAGAACUUUGGAAAGGCGGUUCUUAAGAUUGCUGAUUCCGAGUAAACAACACACACACACAUAUAUAUAUAUAUAAUGCGCUAGAAAAGCUAUGAAAUAAUUAUCUAAAAAAUAUAUACCCAAAUACAAUUUCAUAUGCACCUCCACCCCCGCAAAACAUUGUUCAAUCUAGAAUGUUGACCGGAGCUCGUGAAGUUCCACGACGCUUUAUCUUCCUG